AUGCUACGUAAGAUUGUUUAUAAUGUUUUAGUAAAUAAAUCUAAAGACUAUAAAGUGUUAUCAGUAAGAAAUUCUGCUCUGUUUAUUAAUGGUGCAAAAGCAUCUGAAAGUUUUGUUUAUGUAAUACCACAUAUUGAUUUUCCCGAACACAUUAAAAGUAAACAAUUGAUUGAAGAUCAGUUAGUUAAAAGAAGGGUCAACAUUGACUUAAAUAAAAUAGAAAACCUUUGGACUAUUUAUGAAGAUUUGAAGCAAAGAAAAUCAGAAUAUGAUAAGAAAAAGGUAGAAAUAUCUAGCAAAUUAGGAAAGUUGAUAAAAAGUGACCCAGAAGGACAGGAGGCAAAGGAACUGAAAAUAAAAAUUGAUCUGAUCAAGGAUAAUAUCAGAAAAUUAAAAAAUCCACUUUGGUCUGCAGAGGAGGCUGCCAUUGUAGAAGUAUUGAAGCUCCCUAAUGUCUUACAUCCUCAAACCCCAGAUGUGAAUCAAGUUGUACACACCCAUCUAUCUCCACCAACAUGCAAGAAAGAUCAUUUAAAAAUUGGUUCAGAUCUUGGCAUAAUUGAUUUUAAGAGAAAUGAAAAUUAUUAUCUGAAAGGAGAUGGUGCUAUAUUUGAGCUUGGUGCAAAAUUUUAUUUCAACAGUGAGUUGAGAAGAUAUAAAUUUCAUCAGUUUUCCAAUCCAGACUUUGUAAAAAGUGUUAUUGUAGAAGGAUGCGGGCUGGACCACACUAAUCCUGAUGCUACAUUUAUUCUGCACCACAAUGAAGACUCUAAAGUGAAUCCUGAUAGCCGACUCCAUCUAACAGGGGGUGGUUCCUUGCCCUCUUUCUUUGCGUAUUAUGCUAAAAAUGUGGUAUACAGCAAAGCUUUACCUUUGAGAUUCUUUUCAAUGGGAAGACAAUAUGUACCAUCUCCAACUGAGGAGGAUAGCCUGUUUCAUGUCAGUCAGUCUUCAGUGGUACAGUUGUUUGGUGCAACAAAAAAUUCAGAAGACCUUGAUAUAAUGCUUCAAGAAUUAAAAGAUCUUUUGAUGUCAGUGUAUGGAGAGUUGGGCUAUCAUUUUAGGAUAAGUAUUAUAUCAGCUGAUAAGUUGUUUCUGUGGGAAUCUUUGAGAGUGGCUGUGGAGAUGUUUUCAACAUCACUCAACACAUAUAUUGAGGUUGCUAAUAUUUCAGUCAGUGGAGACUUUAUAAGUAAAAGAUUGAUGUUAACAUAUGUAGAGAAUAAACAAAGUAAUUUCCCUCAUAUAAUAUCUGGUACAUUGUUGAAUGUACCUAAGUUUUUAGCAUGUGUUCUGGAACAGGAUGCAGAUUUUGUUUUACCUGAACAGUUCAGAGUAGAGAAUUGGAGUACUAAUUAAUGAUUAAAUUAAGAAUUGGGCUACUAAAUAAAAGAAAAAAUCAACACCAUAGUUACAACAUUUAUUUUGAUAUCAAUCAGACUAGACUUGUUCAGUAAAAAUCAAUAAACAAAGUAUGAUAUA